UAUGUUUUGAUCUCUUCUCUCCAUUAUAAACUCAGCAACGACUGACUCUCUCUGUAUGUCCCCUUCAUACGAAAAUAUAUAAAUACAGAGCCUCCCUUUGUUCUGAGGAGGACACGACACGAAGCUCAACUUAUUGGGGAGGUGCCUAACUCCCUCUCUUCUCUUCUAUCUUCGAUUCCAUUCGGUUCGGUUCAGUUCGUUCAAUAAGCACCGACUAAUCUACUCAUCAUACUCCCAUAUAUCCUCUUCUUCCAUUCCUUCAUUCUUUUUUCAAUUCAGUCAAACCAGCUUGUUUCCUUAGAUUUGGAUAUUUCCCGGACUGACUCGAACGUUCGGUUUGAACUGGGAAGAUUCGACAUGAGGAGUGAAGAUGGAACGGGAACCUACUCCGACACGAAUUCUGACACGGAGAGCAUGGCCAGCGACAGAUCGGCCUUCAGCGGCCCUCUGGUGGCCGGCAAGAAGCCCUCCAAGAAGAGCGCGAGGUUCAACCUCCCUGGCGGCUCUGCAAGCAGGCGGGCCAAGGACGAUGAUGAGACGUACGUGGAGAUCACCCUCGACAUAAGGGAUGACUCUGUGGCGGUGCACAGCGUCCAGGCUGCCGGCGGAGGCGGAGGCGGUCCUGGCCAGGGGAUGGAGGACCCGGAGCUGGCGCUGCUGGCGAGGCGGACACUGGAGAAGAAGUCGUCGUUUGGGUCGAUGCUGUUGAGGAACACGUCAUCUGGCAUCCGGCAUGUGUCGCAGGAGCUGAAGCGGUUAGCGUCGCUCUCGAGGAGGCCGUCCGCCAGGCAGUUUGACCGAACCAAGUCUGUGGCCGCCCACGCCCUGAAGGGCCUCAAGUUUAUUACCUCCAAGACUGGCGGCGGUGCCUCCGGCUGGCCCGCCGUUGAAAAGCGGUUCAACCAGCUCGCCGCCCCCAGCAACGGUCUCCUACACUGUUCCAUGUUUGGUGAAUGCAUCGGGAUGAAUAAAGAAUCGAAGGAAUUCGCUAACGGGCUGUUUCGUGCACUCGCGCAAAGGCGGAACAUCUAUGGAGACUCGAUCAACAAGGAACAGCUCAGAGAGUUCUGGGAGCAAAUUGCCGAUGAAAGCUUCGAUUCUCGACUUCAGACCUUCUUUGACAUGGUGGACAAAGAUGCAGAUGGAAGAAUCACAGAAGAAGAAGUCACUGAGAUCAUUAGUUUUAGUGCCUCGGCCAACAAGUUGCACACCAUCCAGAAGCAAGCCAAGGAGUAUGCAGCUCUCAUCAUGGAAGAGCUUGACCCCGAUAAUGCCGGUUACAUCAUGGUCCAGAACUUGGAGAUGCUGCUGCUGCAGGCCCCAAACCAGUCGGUCCGAGUGGGGGAUAGCCGGGUCCUGAGUCAGCUCCUUAGCCAGAAGCUGAAGCCGACCCAGGAGACCAACCCGCUGACAAGGUGGUACAGCAAGCUCAAGUACUUCCUCAUGGACAACUGGCAGCGGGUGUGGAUCAUGAUCCUCUACCUCGCUAUCCUCGGCGGCCUCUUCACCUACAAGUUCAUUCAGUACCGGAACAAGGCUGCAUUUGGGGUCAUGGGCUACUGUGUCUGUGUGGCCAAGGGUGGGGCGGAGACGCUCAAGUUCAAUAUGGCCCUCAUCCUUCUCCCCGUGUGCCGGAACACGAUCACUUGGCUUAGGAACAAGACGAAGCUGGGAGUCGCAGUCCCAUUUGAUGACAACCUUAAUUUCCAUAAGGUGAUCGCCACGGGAGUUGUUGUCGGGGUGGGCCUCCACGGGAUAUCUCAUUUGACAUGUGACUUCCCCAGGCUCCUCCACGCGACCCCGGACGAGUAUGAGCCGAUGGAGCCAUACUUCGGGAAGGAACAGCCGCCUAACUAUUGGUGGUUCGUGAAGGGGGUUGAGGGCGUGACAGGGAUUAUAAUGGUGGUGUUAAUGGCCAUUGCCUUCACAUUGGCGACUCCGUGGUUCCGGCGGAACAAGCUCAACGUGCCCAAGCCCUUCAGACGGCUCACUGGGUUCAACGCCUUCUGGUACUCCCACCACUUGUUCGUGAUCGUCUAUGCUCUCCUCAUUGUUCACGGGAUCAAGCUCUACCUUGCCAAGAAAUGGUACCAGAAAACGACAUGGAUGUACUUGGCGGUGCCCGUGACGCUCUAUGCCUGUGAGAGGUUGAUAAGGGCAUUCAGGUCGAGCAUCAAGCCUGUGAAGAUCCUGAAGGUCGCAGUAUAUCCCGGGAAUGUACUGGCACUGCAUAUGUCGAAGCCAAACGGGUUCAAGUACAAGAGCGGGCAGUACAUGUUUGUCAACUGCUCUGCUGUCUCUCCAUUUGAAUGGCAUCCUUUCUCCAUCACUUCUGCACCGGGAGACGAUUACCUAAGCGUUCACAUUCGGACUCUUGGCGACUGGACAAGGCAGCUCAAAUCCGUGUUCUCUGAGCUGUGCCAACCUCCGCCCGUUGGGAAUAGUGGUAUACUGCAAGCAGACUGCAAUCAAGGAGGAACUCUUCCAAGCUUUCCGAAGAUAUUGAUAGAUGGUCCCUACGGAGCACCAGCACAAGACUACAAGAAAUAUGAUGUAGUCCUUCUGGUGGGGCUCGGGAUCGGGGCCACGCCGAUGGUCAGCAUUGUGAAAGACAUCAUCAGCAACAUAAAGAUCAAGGAAAAGGAAGAGGAGAGCUUGGAGAGCUUGGAGAGCGGGAUCGAGAGUGGGAGGGCCGGUUCGGUCAUGAACCACAAGCCGAAGAGUGUCAGCAAGGGGUUCAGGACCCAGAAGGCCUACUUCUACUGGGUGACCCGUGAGCAGGGCUCAUUCGAGUGGUUCAAGGGGAUAAUGAACGAGGUGGCAGAGAUGGACGAGAAGAGGAUGAUCGAGCUGCACAACUACUGCACAAGCGUGUACGAGGAAGGGGAUGCAAGGUCGGCCCUGAUUGCAAUGCUGCAGUCGCUCCACCACGCCAAGAGCGGGGUCGACGUCGUCUCUGGGACCCGCGUAAAGUCCCACUUCGCCAAGCCCAACUGGCGCCAGGUCUACAAGAAGAUCGCGCUCCACCACCCCGAGACUCGAGUUGGAGUCUUCUAUUGUGGGGCACCGGCACUAACAAAGGAGUUGAGACAUCUAGCCUUGGAUUUCUCACACAAGACAUCCACAAAGUUCGAUUUCCACAAGGAGAACUUUUGAAGGAAACAUUAACACCUACCUACUACUAAUUGUAUUUACGUUCUUAGGGUCAUCAAGUACAAAUUAAUUAUUUACUUGUUCAUACAUUUAUAGAUCUUUGAUAUACACUAGUUUGCAUAAUGUAAAGGUGUAUGAUAUAUAGAAUUUCUUACACUUGAAGAAAGAUGAGAGUUCUUUUUUUAUUUUUAUUUUUCGUUUUACGCUAUUUCUGUCAGCUGCAAAUUGUAAUCUACAAUGAGCGAGUUGUUAGUUUGGAUUCGUCCUGUAAAUCACACGGCAGUGCAUCUGUUUUUGGGAUGCAUUACCGCUCUUGAGCUGUACCGGAAAGUAUUAAAGUAAUAGUUGAAGAAGAGUAUGUUCUCUUA